UGGUUUUAUAAUUAAGAUUGGUUUUUAUUAGUCUUUAAAAAUUUUGUAAACUUGUCAUCUUCUCCUUUUUUUAAAUUAAAAUUAAGCAAACCAAUAGAAGAACAAUUCAAAAAUUUGUAAAAACUUGCAAUCAAAGUUGUGGCAAAAGUUUUGCAGAUUGUAAAACAUAUAUAUUAUACACAUGUCUAACUAAUAGCCUCCUCCUUUUUGAAGCAGGUCAAUAAUGACUUCAAAAGGUUAAGAUCUACAUCGUAACCAUCAAGUUAUUGGAAAAGUAUCUAUAUUAAAAAUCCUCGUUUGAUGUGUGUCAAGUAUCACGAAAGUUAACCUAACGUAGUGGGUUAUAAUCUGGAAUCGAGAUAUAAUUUAUUACAACGUUCCAAGACUAUUAAACUGCUGAGAACUGAAGUUUAUAACCCGUAUAAAAGGUAUCUAUCUCGCCGUCUUUUUUAAAACUUUCGGAUUAUUUACAUAUAUUUUAUAUCGGAAGGAGUUUGAAACGCGAUAACAAUUUUUUUUAUUAAAACAUAUGUAUGGUCAUCAAUUUAUUUCAUUUAUUCUAAAUGAUUGAACUGCAGUAACUAUUUACAAGUGUCAGUAUGCGUUUUCAGAAGUGUAUUUCAGAAGACUCCACACAGUAGAAGAGGUUCUAGCUUUCGUUUGAAAAUUGGAUAUAUCUUUCUAAAUUAUGGCAGUUAAUGUUUAUUCAACAAAUGUAACCACGGAAAAUUUGAGCAGGCAUGAAAUGCUCAAUUGGGUCAAUGUUUGUUUGCAGGCUAAUUUAGGAAAAAUAGAAGAGUUGUGUACCGGCGCAGCUUAUUGCCAGUUCAUGGACAUGCUCUUCCCUGGCUCAUUGCAGUUCAAGAGGAUUAAGUUUAGGGCAAAUCUGGAGCACGAAUAUAUUUAUAAUUUCAAGCUGUUACAGGCUGCAUUUAUAAAAGUUGGUGUCGACAAGAUAGUGCCGGUUGAUAAGCUAAUCAAAGGGAGGUUUCAAGAUAAUUUUGAAUUCCUACAAUGGUUUAAAAAGUUUUUCAAUGCAAAUUAUACCGACCAAGAAUACUCGGCCCUGGCUGCUAGAGGGGGGGAAAAGCUAGGAAAUGGUUCAGGAAGCAAUAUGAAACCUCGUUUGGAUGUCCCUCCAGCUAAAAGCCUUUCAGUACCUGCUGUAAAGGUUGAUCCGUUAAGACAAACUGAAUCAUCGACCGUUAGAACUAUCAGUAAAGGAAUUGUUCGGAACCAUUUGGCAUCAGGAAACCACAACAAGGGACCCUCUGCUGUACCCGACGCUACUCGAUAUCCAAGUGAUGUUCAGAAAAUAAUCGAUGACUUAAGCCAGCAGCUUUCCAAUGCAAAAAUGAUAGCCGAUGGUCUUCAAAAAGAGCGGAAUUUCUAUUUUGUUAAGCUUAGAGACAUAGAAGUAGUGUGUCAAGAAUAUCAAGGUAAUGACGAGCUGAUUCAUAAGAUAUUAGAUAUAUUGUAUGCAACCGAGGAAGGUUUCGCAGUGCCUGAGGACCUAUCAGAAGUUCAGUAUCAAGAUGAAGAGGAAUAAUGUUUUUUCUCUGUUAAAUUUCAACAUUUAUGAAAUCCAUUUAUUUCAAAUGUUAAUUAUAUUUUAUUUGAUUUUUAA